AUGGCGAGUGAGUGGAAACUAACUGCCGAGAAUUCCACCUCCAUCAGAUCUGGAACUGUCGAGGCUCCGACCAGCCUUAAUGAGACCAGCACUGAAUCACCGCCUACGUCUAUGUCCAGUCUUGGAGCGACUGGCUUCAUCAGUAACGAAGUUCGAGAGCUUGUGGUGGAUCUUAUCAUGAAUGUCAUCAUCCAGAUUUCUUUGCGAGUCUUGAGCAUCGUUAGUAAUAUCGUCAACAUUCUGAUCUUCGCCCAAAUAGGUUUGGACGACGGUGUAACGGUGACGUUCUUCGCGUUGGCCGUCAGUGACCUCAUGUGGUCAAUCUUCGGUUUGUCAGUUCGAGUGUUCACUAUGACGGACGUGAUCUUUAAAGUGCGGCCAUACGUGCGCCUCCGGUCGUUGGCUUACAUUUUGUCCUGGUACACUAGCCUGUUCGCCGACUGGUCUAUGCUCAUUACUUUAUUUCUGUCCGUGCAGAAGUGUGCCUGCGUGGCCGUACCCCUGCUCUUCAAGCAUCUCUUCACAGCACGACGCUGCAUACUUCUUCUUAUCUGCGUAUUCGUGGCAGUUGUUGUUUGGUAUGCGCCCAUCCUCUCCUCCUUACGUAUGGUUCGAGCUUUUGAUAAGUCCACAAAUAGCACCAGACUGCGCGGGAAAAGGGUUGCGUACUUUUGGAGCGCGUACGCCCUUUGGCAGCCAGUGAACAAGAUAGUUCUCCCAGCGGUUUCUCUGAGCGGUGUGAGCAUUUGUGUGCUCAUUCUCGUCACAAAGCUGCGACAAGCUAUUGAGUUCCGCCAGGCCGCAACAGUUGAGUCGCAAACAUCUAAAAACAACUCAACAAAAACAAAAGAAGUUCGAGUGAUCCAGGCCGUUGUCCUCGUCUCCACUAUAUUCGUGGUUUGUUACACGCCAGACAUCAUUAGACGGUUGUGUGAGAUUGCAUUUCCAAUGUUCAGGGAAAAAGGUCCUUACAACAACAUUCACACCCUGGUUAACCAAUUCCAUAACGUUGCGACGCUUGUCAAUUCCUCAGUGAACGUGUUUGUUUACCUCAAGUUCAAUAGCCGCUAUCGACAGUUGUUUUUAAGCGUUGUAUGGCAUAGGUGGGCACUGACCAAAUAG